GCCGUAGAGACUGUUGCAGACAGUAAAACCUAUAGCAGCUGUACAAAGACUUCAGGAGGCACAUCACAGCAGACAUCUGUAUUCCAGCUCCAGCAUGGCAUCUACGUUGAUCUCAGUCCCGACCACAGCGUCGCGCUUCGCCCUGCUGCAGGUGGACUCGGACUCAGACAGCGACUCCGACACGGGAAAAGCCAAAUCCUCCCGAGAAACCGGCAAAUCCUCACGAUCUGGGAAAUCUGCCGGCGCCAAGAGCAAUCAGAGCACUGACAAAAAGAAAGACAAGAAGAAAAAGAAGAAGGAGCAGCAGCAAAGUGAAACCAAUGAGCUCAGGAACCUUGCCUUUAAGAAGCUGCCUCAAAAAUCCUCAGCGCCUCCAUCUACCUUGACAUUGCAUGGUUUAGCCAGUGAGCUGCUUAAUUCCGCUGAUCGCACCUCUGCCCCCCAGGAAAGCUGGCAGGAGUGGAAACAGAGAGAUGAGCGGCUGACCAGCGAGUUGUACGAGGCAGACCUGGAAAAGGCCUUAAUGCUGAGUAAACUAGAGUUUGAGGAACAGAAAAAGGAUACUGUGAGCGCUGAGACCGCAUCGCCCAAAGCCAAAGGAGGAGGGAAGAAAGAGAAGAAAAAGAACCAGCAGGGGAAAGACAAACGCAUCACGGUGUCUCUGAAAGACUUUCAGCAGGAGGUUAACAUGGAUCCGCCGAAUAAGAGGCCAGAGAGAGAGGAGCCAAAGCCUGCAAACACAGCAGCGCACGAAAAGCGAUUCUUUAACCAACUAGAGGACGACGUAAACCGAAUCGUGCAGAGGGACAAGCGCCGAGAGCAGUUCAGCUGCAGCGCAGGUCAAGAGGUUAACACCUCCUCUGAACAAGAACAGGAUGUAAGAACUGAACAGUUAAAAUUUGAGCUGGAAAAGAAAGACCAGGAAAUAGAGAAACUGAAGAAGACCAUUUCUCAGUGGGAGGAGAGAUAUAAAGAAGUGAAGGCAAGAAAUGGCCAGUUACUCAAGAUGCUGCAACAAGGAGAGAUGAAAGACAAAGCGGAAAUCUUGCAGCAAGUAGAGGAGCUUCUGAACAUAAAAGAGGAGCUGACAAAACAGGUGACGUUACUGCAUGCGUCGUUAGAACAGGAGAGGUCGAAGGUGAAGGGAUUACAGUCAGAACAACCGAAACAUCAAACCAACCGGAAGGGCAAGAAGGCACCAGAGGGAGAUUUAUGAAGACCUGAUAUGGACCUGAACGGACGGUCUUAUUCCUCCCACUUCUCCAGCACUGACACACACUCCACUCGCUCGUCUCAUCUCGUCUCAUAUCACACAUAUGCACUUCUUCCUGUCCCUCAUGGCUGCAGUCUUAUUUGCUUCAUAACUUCUAUGUGGGUAAAAGUUGCCCUUGUGUGCUGCUAAAUUUAGAAAUCCUCUUUCAGUAUUGUUAUUUUUGAAAUCUGGUUUCAGUAUUUCAAUAUUUGCUUGGUAUUUUGAGUGAUUGAUAUGCAGUGGCUGGUGGAUAUGAUGUGAUUUCAGCAGGGUUGAGUUUCCCAGAAGCGUUACGAACUGCUGACGUUCACGUUGUGCUAUUAUAAAUGCUGUCACUGAGCAGGAUUUAUAGUGUAGACAAAACUGGACCCAAGAUCCAUCCCGAGCCACAAGCAGGACUGAAAUCAGUAUAAAUGGGCAACUUCUACUAACACAAUUUAAAGUCUCGUCAUUUCGUAUGGGAUGGUCUGCCAGCUGCUGGUGAAAAAGUGCCAGGGCAUUUCAUCCACAAAGCGAACCACCCACUUUACUCUGUACUUCACUACGAGCAGAAGGGUGUACUUUUGAGUUCUUUUUAAUAAAGACGCCAAUCUACUUUUUCAAAG